AUGAUCGGUGACAGCAAAAAAGAAGGAGAAGGGGAAGGAGAAGAAGAAGAAGAAGAAGAAGAAGAAGAAGAAGAGGGAGAAGAGGAAGAAGAAGGAAAAGGAGAAAAAGACAACAAUAUAGGAACUAUUAAGACUUACUUAAAUGGUAUAGAUGUAUUUUCAAUGGCUAAUCAAGAAAUCAGACAAAAAGCAGAGGCUAACAAUAAUAUUUUUGUUGACAACAAUGGGAAAUCAGCAUCCGAGAUUUAUCUGCCAGACAGUUUUCCGUAUCCGUCGAUGCAACUGAUACGUCAAACACAUACAGAUAAAUAG